CAUCUAUGAAUCCCUCCGCAUAUUAAGAAUGAUUGCUUGUAGGCCUAGGGCCAUAAGUUGGCUUUUUUUGUCUACUGCUACUGUAAAAUAUCUGUUCUACUACAGUAGGCGACGCCAAGCCAGAGAGAGGCCUAUCUAUGGCCUGCAAGUGUUGAGUCCUUCUUCCUCAUACUCUUAACAGUGUAAUAAUGUCUGCAGAUAGUACCGCAGGGUGUAGGACUUGCCGGAUAACAAAGGCCAAAAUGCUGAGGUGUGCACAGUGCCGUAAUGCAUAUUAUUGUUCCCGUCCAUGUCAAAUUAAAGAUUGGCCAGCUCACAAAAUCAUCUGCAAAGUAGAUUCAGAGACAUUAACUUCAAAAGAUAUGGUGGAUGUAAAAAAUGAUCUCUCAACAUAUGAGAAAAGUCAUGAUAAAGAUGCACAACAUGUGGAGGAAAAACAGUCUAAAGAUGAAAUAUGUGAUGAACAGAUCACAAUAACUGUUAAGUGUAAUAAGGACAAAAUCAAAGUGUCUGUAAGCAACCAAUGGACCGGGAGCGAAGUUCUUAGCAAUAUUUCUGAUGCAAUUAAAGUACGAGAAAUGAAGCUGAUUCACAAAGGUCGGAUAAUGAAUGAAAGUAACAUUAAGGAGUUUUUAAAAGAAAAAGCACUUUUUCAAGCUAUUGGUGAGCAAAGUGAGAGCGAGGAUGGACUAAAUUCAAUGGAUAUCGACUGCAUUGUGGCACAAGCGAAGGUGGAUAGGAACAAAGCUAUAAGAGCCUUGAGAAGAACUGGUGAUGUUGUAGAUGCUAUUCUGUACAUCUCUAACCAAGACUAAAAACUACAACAUCAAGAAUGUGGAGAGAGAGACAUGGCUAUAAGAGCCAUAAGAACUGGUGAUUUGUAGACUCUAUUCUAUACAUCUUUAACCAAUAGACGGAAAACCACAAGACAAAGAAGGCUGACAGAAUCAAAGCUAAAAGAGCCGUAAGAAGAACUGGUGAUGUUGAAGACACUAUUCUAUACAUCUCUAACCAAUUUGUGAUGAGACCAUCACAAUUAUAGCAAACAUUUAACCAUAGAGAACGGAAAUAGAAGGAGUCACAACUGAGUACAAGUGCCAGGCUGAAUUCUCUAGAUACUGACUGCAUUGUGGCACUUGUGAAGGUGGACAGAGACAAAGCUAUAAGAGCCUUGAGAAGAACUGGUGUCAUUCUAUACAUCACUAAUCAACAGACUGUAACUACAAGACCAUUGUAUUUUUACAUACAGUACAUUGCAUUAUUUUCUCACACUAGCCCCGGCCCCCUAAGGUCAUCAUGAAUUUGGAAUGAUAAGAAGGUAAAUGGAAAGAAAUAUAAAAAAUAUAACAAAGUAAAAAGAAAGGAAAGAUAAACUAAGAAUGGAAAAGGAAAGAUAAGGAAACAUGAGAAAAGAAAAGAUAGACAUGAAAACAUUAGAAAGGAAAAGAAAAGAAAUGAUAAGAAAUAUAAGAAUGAAAUAUGAAAGACAGAUACGAAUUGUAAGAAAGAAAAUGAAAGGAAAGAUAAGGAAUCUAAAUCCUGGUUCUCACGAGAGCCCUAGUAUCCGGAUCAGGAGCUAACCGUUAACGCUAACCUUUAGCACCUGCGUGAGAACGCCCGAUUGAUUAGCGCUAACUGUUAGCGGUAUCCAGAUACGCUAACGUUUAGCGAGCGCUAUCGGUUAGCAAGUUGAGGGCGUUUCUAUCAUCAACCAAUCACACAUACGCGUUUACAAUUUCCAGUUUCUUAUUGGCCAGUGAUUCGAUCAUCAUAUUGUUGGUAUCCGGAUCGGGAUU